AAGUGAACCACAAAAGCAAAAAACAAAGUGAAUUUUUUAACCAAAAAUGGUGAAAGUAAAUUCUGCACAAACCAAAAGAAAGCAGAGGCUAACACGCAGGGUUUAGAUUGUAAACUAAAAAAUGGAAAUAAGAGAAACUGCGACUCUGAUGAAGUCAGAUGCAAAAAGAAAAGCAAAAUAUAUAAUACAUCCAAUGAGAAAGCAGCAUGUAACUUGUUUGAUGCAACUCAGAAGUGUAAUAAUGACCACCAGCAGGGUAUUUCUCAAACAAAUACUGUAUAUAAUACUGAAGGAGAAAAAUUGGAUAUGGAAUUAAAUCACACUGAUAAAAGCUUGCUUGAUUAUUGUAAUAUGACAUUUAAAGAAAAUUUAAGCAUAAAGACUGAGGAAAGUCUAUGUGAUGUUUUUGAUAUUAAGGAAGAAAUAUCAGAGAUGCCCGAGGAUGAAAGUUUUUAUGAGAAACAUUCAAUGUAUUCCAUUGAUAUUAAAUGUGAACCAUUGUUAAGUACUCCUUUGGAAAAUAAUUUGGAAGGAAGUAAUUUAACUGCACAUGGAUAUUCUUCAUAUGUUAUUUCAGAAUAUACAGAUUGUGUAGGAAGUGAAAAAAUGUAUGCUAAAGAUGCCAGUCUUCCUGUAAUAUCACAAAUUCAAAGUGGAAAGGAAGUUGAAAAACAUUUCUCACCCCUUGAAGAACCUCUUAAACUUUGGCAUACAACACCAGCUGCAAGUUCACCGAUAAAAAUGAAAGUAAAUGAAAGCCCUUGUUUAAAAAGUGUAUCUGUAUCUGAUCAGCAGGUGAGCAAAGUAUCACUGAGGACAUUUAGAAAGUUAAUUGAAUGUAAAGCACCUGAAAAUGUUACUGUAUUAGAUGGACAAAUUUCUAAAGUACAAAGAGAGAAAAUUAUGCCAAGUGGAACAGUUAGACAUGCAAACAUGUCAGAACAGAAAUUAAAGCAAAAGGUAAGCAUUCCACCAUUCUAUCCAAGAAAAAUACCACCACUACAAACUGCACCAGGUGAAAAAAUAACUGACUCCCUCAGGACAUUUAGGAAAAUGGCAAGGAAAAUGUCAAUUGAAACAGCCAUUUCAAGUAGUAAGAAAGAACAAGUAACACUACAACCAUCUACAUCAAGUGAAGAAAUAAGGAACACACUCAGGGCAUUUAGAAAACUGCAAAGUGACAACAAUUCACAAGAGAGAACAGGCAAAAGGGUAAAUAACCUAACAUUACAGCAGGAAAAUGCACACGUUCAAUCAUUAAUAUCAAGUGAACAAAUAAAUAACUUGCUACAGAAGAGAGAGCUGCCAACCCAGCCAUUGCCAUCAAAUGGACAAAUAAUUAACUUACCAUUACAGCAGAAGAAUAUGUCAAUGCACACGUCUGCAUCAAAUGGACACGUAUUAAAAAUAUUAGUACAUAAGAAAAAUAACACGCCAAGUCAACCAUUAACAAGUCAAAUGGAUAACCUAACAUCUCAACAGAUAAAAACAUCUCAUUUAUCAAAUGCAGAAACAACUAAUUUUACAUCACAGCAAAAUAAUACAUCACAGCAAAAUAAUACACCAAUUUGGCCAGCUACAUUCAGUGACCGCCCAAAUUUGCCACAACCCAGUAACAUGUUAACCCAGCCACCAAAGAUAGGUGAACAAGUAAUUAAAUUAACUGUGCCAUGUGUAUCAAGUGCACAAAUAAUUAAUUUGCCAUCAAGUGAAGAUGUAACUAACUUACCUUCUCACCAAGAAAACGUACCAAUUCAAGUGCCAAUAUCAAAUGGGCAAAUAAAUAAUUUACCUAUGUGCGUAAAUAUAUCAACCCAGUUAUCAGCAUUAAAUGAACCAGUAAUUAAAUUGACAUCACAGAAGACAGAAACACAAGAUAACUUGAUAAAUAAUCGACCAAGAAUACCAGCUGAACUUCCAACAUCAAACAUGAAUGGACAGAUAACACUUAAAACAGGUGGGCAAGUAAAUAGCCUAAUAUCACAGCAAAAAAUGCCAACUCGACCAUCUGCUUUAAGUGGACAAAUUAGAAAAUUAGCACAAAAUUCAAAAUCAAGGAGUCGGUUUACUUUUCAAAUGCAACAAAGAACAUCAAAUGGAGAAAUAAAUAACUUUACCUCAGAGCAAAAAAACAUAUCAGUUCAAACAGCUUCAAGCGAACAAACACCUGCAAAUCUAAAUAGACAAAUAAUUCACUUGGAAUUGCAAAAGGGAAAUGUACUACCCCAGCAAGCAACAUCGAGUGACAUUAAAAUACCAGCGCAGCUGUCAGAACCAAAUGGAAGAAUAAUUAAUUUAAAAUUAAUGCAAGGAAACUUGUCAUUAAUUUUACCUGAAUAUGAAAAGUCUAAAUUUAAAGUUCAGCUGAUAAAUAUGCAAAACAUACUAACCAAUCCAUCAGUUCCAAACCGACUAGUAACCUCAAGCAGACAAAUAUUUGACUUGUCAAAGCAGAAGGACAUACUAAGCCAACCAUCAGUAUUAAAUGAACGGAGCCAUAACUCACUUGA